AUGUCAUAUAGUACUAUAACCAAUGAAUAUGAUGCAUUAGAAGUCAUAGGUAAGGGAUCUUACGGAACAGUUAGAAAAGUUCAGAAGAAAUCAAGUGGAGAAAUAUUUGUUCGAAAGGAAAUAGAGUAUAAUUCAAUGAAUAAUCAGGAAAGAAACCAACUAAUAUCUGAAUUAAGAAUAUUGAGAGAAUUGAACCAUCCAAAUAUAGUUAAGUACUUCCGACAUGAUCAUAUCAUGCAAAAAAAGUCCAUUCAUAUAUAUAUGGAGUACUGUGAUGGAGGUGAUCUUGCACAAGUAAUUUCAAAUUUUAGAAAAAAUAAAGAGAUGGUCCCCGAAGAAUUUAUAUGGCAAGUUCUAGUUCAGACUUUGUUUGCCUUGCAUAGAUGCCAUUACGGGAUUGAUGCUAAGAAAGUAAAUCUAUUUUCAAACCCAGUUGAUGAUAAAGAGCCAACUAUUGACUCAGAAACAGUAGUUAUUCACCGAGAUAUAAAACCAGAUAAUAUUUUUAUGUUGAACUCCGGUAAGUCAAUUAAACUAGGAGAUUUCGGCUUAGCUAAGAUGUUAACUUCUCAGAACGAUUUUGCCAAAACAUACGUGGGAACGCCAUAUUAUAUGUCGCCUGAAGUAUUAAUGGACAAUCCAUAUUCACCAGUGUGCGAUAUAUGGUCUUUAGGAUGUGUGCUAUUUGAGCUUUGCACUUUACAGCCACCAUUCCAAGCAAAAACCCAUUUACAAUUACAGAGUAAAAUAAAGCAAGGGAUAAUUCCAGACUUGCCAGAUAAUUAUUCAUCACAGCUUCGAUCUAUUAUUAAAGAGUGCAUAACAGUAGAUCCAGAGUUGCGACCAUCAUGUUAUGAUUUGCUCGAGACAUUAUCAAUUAGGUUUUUGAGGAAAGAAAUGGAAUUAAAAGAGAUAAAUACGAACUUGAAUGAAUUUCAAAAGCAAUUAUUGACUAAAAAUGAUGAAUUAAAAAAGAAGGAGGCAUUGUUAAAUAAUAUAGAACGGAAAAUAUUUGCUCAAAGGGAAGAUCUAGAAAAUGAAUAUAAUAAUAUGCAAAAGAAAUGUAAUUCACAAAAAAAACAACUAGAAGAAGAGCUACUUGAAGAGUUUGAAAUGAGAAAAAAAUCAAUGGAUCAGGAAGCAAAAGAAGUUAGGCUUGGUUAUCAAAGGGAAUUUAAAUUGGUAGUGGAACACGAAGUUCAAGUAAGACUAAAAGAUGUUUUAAGUAAACAGAAGCAACUGCAGCAUCAACAGCAUCAACAGCAUCAACAGCAUCAACACCUACAAUACCAACAACCUCAGCCUUAUCAAGAAUUAACUAGGAAGAAAUCUGAUCCAUUAUCCUCACCAUCUCCAAGCAAAGUAACAACUAGGAAUAACAUGUACCUGACUAACCAUUAUGCUGCAUCUAAUGAACAUAUUGUUCUGCCAAAUAAGCCAAAAGGACCGAAGGAGCUACAAUUAGACGACCAAUCAAAACUAUUGUCUCCACUGCUUACGAGACGAAUCCCAUUGAAAACAAGAAAUAGCGAAAAUAGUGAUUACGAUUCCAGCGUAUAUCAUCCAGACCAAUAUAAAUCUUCACCAACGAGAUUUCUGGGAAAUAACUAUAAGAAAAGGAUUACGGAUGAAUUAGAGAGACUAAGCUUAGAAAAGAGAAAUAUUCCGGAAUUUGAGGAACUUUACAUGAGAAAGAAUAGACACUAA